GAAAAAGCCAGCAAAGGUCUGCUUUGGGCAUUAAUAUUUAAUGUUCAUUUCAAUUCACAUCUUGAAACAGAGAAGAAAUCCACUUGAUACGCAAAGGCACCCUUUUCUUCUUGGAGAUUAGCACGAAGAUGUCGAUCAUUGUCUCUUUUGUUUUUUCUAUUGUUCCAGGAUCCAUUAUUGGAGGUAAAGCCAGUCGUCAACCAAAGUGAUUACAUUCUUUUACUGUAAGUAGAGCUGAUUUUCCAGAUGCUAAUACUAAUCAAACCGUUUUCUCUUUUUCCACAUGUAAAACAAAGCAAACCUACUUUAGAAGAGAGCGCUUUAAUUCCAGCUCACAGCUUGCUAAAGCAUCAGCAGAUUGAUUGGCCUCCAAAUAAUAAAAAGUUGCACUACCUCGAAAUUAUUAAUUAAAACUUACAUCAGAACUUUAAUCCAAAAAGAAACUUAGAUCUAAGUUUACAAGCGGCCAAGCUAAAAAGACAAGUUCAUAAUAGCUCUGGAGGGAGAUUACAGCAACAUUCACAAGCUGCAGCAACUAAGGUUGGAUUACGAAACCUUCCUCAUAUUUAGACUGAAAGGAGAGCUACAAAGCCUGGACUGGAACACCUUCCACUGCCACUCUAAAAGAUGAGAUCUAAACUUCUUUGAUAAGCUAACAAACGAAGUUAUUAUGAUUUGUUUUCUUUUUCUUCUCUAUUAAGCGAGAUCUGCAAGAAAUCAACCUUCAUAGAUAGUGUACUAGAUCUGAGAGUAUACAAGCGGAUCUAGUGGGAUAGAGUCAGGGGAAAGUGCGGGUUUGAGGUAAAAGACGGUGGAUAAUCUCUACUGCUGAAAGAAAGUGAAGGAGAGAUGCUAUAAGAGGAAACUUUGGCAAAGUAAUCUUAAACGAGUCAUAUUCCUUUCGUUUAUUUGGUUUCACAUGUACAAGGAAUCAACUUCUUUCCACUUUCUCAUUGAACUUUGAGGAAACUUUGGAGAAGGACUAAGGAUACAACUGACUGAUUCCUUCUGCGCGUGGACCCGAAUAAAAGGAGAUGACGACGACGAUGCAUUUCCGUUGAUGCUGACUCCCUGCAUCUUCAAUAAAUACCGGAGCUUUUUCUCGGUUUUAAACCAAGUGAAAACUGAUUUGAAUCGUAUAGUUCCUCUUCACCAGACAUACAUUUACACCAAGAAGAGAUUAAAGCGUUUAGCAUGGCUGAAGCUGCUGUUUCCUUUGUGGUAGAAAGGCUAGCUGACAUACUUGAAGAAAUUGAUUUUCAAACAAACGUUCGAAAUGAAGUUGAGCGUUUAAAAGAUGAAUUGAUGCGGAUGCGAUGUUUCUUGAGGGAUGCAGAUGCAAAGCAAGAUGAUGAUGCGAGAGUGAGCAACUGGGUGUCCGAUAUCAGAAAUGUUGCUUAUGAUGCUGAGGAUCUCAUUGACUUGUUUAUCCUCAGAAUCGAUUCCGUGAAGAAAAAGAACUCCAUCAAAAGGUUUGCUUCCCUUUUCAAAGAUUGGAAACAUCGCUCCAAGAUUGCAAAAGAGCUCGUGGCCAUCCAGGGAAGAAUCCUUGAUAUAUCUCAGAGUUGUGAGACGUAUGGUAUCAAAAACAUUGGAGAGGGGAUUAGCACUGCAAGGGAGAAGCUCCGCAAGCAGAGAAGAUCAUCUCCUCGCGGUGAAGAAAAGGAUAUUGUUGGCCUGGACGAUGAUAUAGCUAAGCUGGUGACACAACUUGUCCAAACUGAGGACCAUUGGCAUGCGAUUUCAAUAGUCGGAAUGGGAGGCAUUGGCAAGACCACUCUUGCCAAAAAGGUUUACAAACAUGGUGAUAUCCAGGCUCGUUUUCCUACCCGAGCAUGGGUCUAUGUAUCGCAGGAAUUCAGUACUAGAGACAUACUUCAGGCAAUUAUAAAGCAAGUGGCGACAACAGGACGAAAUUUGGAAAAGUUGCGGGAAGAAGAAUUGGAAGAAAUUCUCUAUGAACAUCUUCGAAAAAAACGGUAUUUGGUGGUCUUGGAUGAUGUUUGGAGCAUAGAAGCAUGGAAUUCUCUAUCUGAGGCCUUUCCAGACGGAAGUAAUGGAAGCAGAGUGAUGCUUACAACUCGCAACAGAAGUAUUGCCCUGAAAGCAGAUGCUAGAAGUGUUCCAUAUGAUUUGCAUUUUCUGAGCAAAGAAAAUGGUUGGUUGUUGUUCUGCAAGAAAGCUUUCAUUCAUAGCGCUGAUUCACAUCGUUCCCCACAGUUGGAGGAAAUUGGGAAGGAGAUCGUCGAAAAAUGUGCUGGUUUACCACUAGCCAUCAUUGUGAUGGGAGGAUUGCUUUCAAGAAAAAGAAAUUUGGGAGAAUGGAAAAGGGUUCUUUCCAAUAUGAGCUCGUUCUUUGCUGAAGACCCAAAUGGAGUAUCUGCUAUACUGGCUUUGAGUUAUAACGAUUUGCCAUAUUACCUCAAAUCUUGUUUCCUCCAUCUUGGACAGUUCCCAGAAGACCACCCAAUUCCCACGCAUAAAUUGUUUAGGCUAUGGAUUGCAGAGAGUUUGAUACCACAGCAAGGUGAAAGGAUGGAGGACAUAGCAGAGGAUUACUUGAACGAGUUAAUUGAGAGAAACAUGGUUCAAGUGGCCAAAUUGAGUAUCAACGAGAGAGUUAAACAAUGUCGUCUUCAUGAUCUACUACGAGACCUCUCCAUCUCAAAGGCCAAAGCAGAGGGCUUUCAUGAGAUUCAAGGAAGUCAAAAUAUCCAUCCUUCAGCUAGAUAUCGACGUCAUUCCAUGUAUUCUACCUUCAAUUGGCGACAAUACAAGCAUCCGAAUCCCCACCUCCGCUCACUCCUCUUCUUUAGAGUUGAUCAUCACCAAAGUCAGGUUAAUUGUUAUAGAGAUGAUCCUUAUAAGAUGAAAGACAGCGAUCUAGAUUAUAUUUGCAAAAAUUUCAAACUGCUCAGAGUCCUGGAGUUGGAGGGUAUACCAUGUACUACCAUUCCGAGCAUAAUUGGGUCUCUAAUUCAUUUAAAGUACUUGGGGCUAAAGGAGACCAACCUACAGGAACUUUCAUCAGCCAUAGGUUCUUUGCAGAACCUGCAGCCUCUUGAUGUAGCUGCAAAUCUUCAUCUCCAAACAAUUCCCAAUGUCAUAUGGAAGAUAGCAAAAUUACGGUAUCUUUAUAUGUGCGGGCAUAAAUAUGGGGGGCCUCUGCGAAUCGACACACUAAAGCAUCUCCAGGCUCUGUCAGAGAUAAAUGUCCAAAAAUGGAUGCAAAACAACCAUGCAAAUUUAACGAGCCUGCAAAAAUUGGGAAUCAGAGGAAACUUCAGCUUGAAAGCAACUGAAAUAUUUAACUCCAUUGUGGCACUUGUACAACUUCAGUCCCUGUACCUGCGUACUGAAGAUGCUGAAUUUCCAUCGCUCACUCAACUUUCUGCUCUUCAAAAUCUCGUCAAGUUGCAUAUGAGAGGAACUAUAAGACAGUUACCUAGCUCGCAGGAAUUCCCACCAAAUCUCUCCCAGUUGACAUUAGAACAUGCUCAUCUCAAGCAAGAUUCGGUAGGGAUACUUGAGAACUUGCCAAGAUUGUUGAUUCUGAGACUAAAAGCACGCUCCUAUGAUGGAGCAAAAAUGGCAAUAGCCGUCAGUGGCUUUCCUCAACUUGAGUUCCUCGAGUUUCACUCCUUGGAAUCCUUGGAAGAGUUAAAUCUUGAAGAAGGUGCAGCGCUAAGGCUUAGGAGUUUCCGGAUAAUCAAUUGCGGGAACUUGAAGAUGCUCCCUGAAGGAAUGAGAUCCCUUACUGCUCUCCGGGAGUUGGACAUUGAAGAGAUGCCAAAAUCAUUCGUGGAUAGGAUUCGAGGUGAAGAUUUUUAUAAAGUGCAGCAUGUUUCCUCUAUCUUAUUUGUUUAAUAAUUUGCCGUUUCAGCAGAUAUUCUGGCAAAUGGCGAUACUUUAAACAUAAACUAUUCAUGGCUUCAUUUGUUGAGGAACAGACACUCUCCUUGAAUAUUUUUAAACUAGCACUGUUUCAUUUACUUUUGAA